AUUAACAUUCUGCCCCAAGUAAACGAGAGGUCGUGUCGCUCGCUCCCCGUCGGCCGGUGUUUACCCACAUUCGCUUGGCCCUUUACUAUCAACAUCUUCAAAGAUGAAGGCCUUCCUCGUUCCUCUUGCCAUCCUGGCCUCCUCGGCCGUGGCUCAGACAACUGCUUGCGCCGCCGACUACAUCGUUGAGUCUUGUCUGAGCACGGAGAAAGCAAAGCUUGAAAGCUGCGGGCAUGAGGACUACACAUGCCGGUGUGCUGGGUGGAACGCUAUCCUCACCUGCUACAACAACUGCCCCAACGACCCCCGGCUGCACGAUGACGCCGGCCAGCGGGAGAUCUUCUGCGGCUACGCGAGCCAGUUCGCUACCACAAGCACCAAGGCCACUGCUAAGCCAUCCACGGCGGCAGCUGCGCAGACCACUGGCGCGGACCAGGGCGCCAGUUCGAGCUCUUCCGGCAGCAGCAGCACUGCUACCACGACCGCCGCAGGUAGUACCAGCACCAACAGCGCGGCCGACCUCGCCCUUAACGCGGGUGGCAUUCUCGCUGCGGUUGCCGGUGUCGUUGCCGCUGUGCUCUGAGCGGAGGAACAUCCAGCGGACAGCGAGUUUUGGAUAUUCAGAUUAGACUCUUGGAAAAGUGAUGAAAGGUCAGCAGCUGCGGGGACUGGGGUGACUGGUGCUGGGCUUAUCCAAAAAACCUUGUCCGGCGAUUCUGGAACGCCAAACUGAAUUGGAGAGCGCGAAGGAACAUUGGAUACCGGGCCAGCAUCUACCUGAGAUUUGGCUAAUAUUUAAUGAAGGAGUCAAAGCUAAUGGAUAAUUGGAUGGGUGUCUG